CUCUUUGAGAGUGAAAAAGCAAACAGUAGAGGAGUAAUACUUGUCAGUUUACUUUUCACAACAUUGGUCUAGGUCACAAUAGUAAAGGGAAAGGAAACAAAUCAAACCAGAAACACUGGUUGGUCCGGGUAGUUUCUUUACUCAUCAUUACCCGAGGAACAGUCAGCUGCUUUUCUUAGUUUUACUGGCUUGCCCAGUGUGACUGGUCUAAGUCCACACAUCGGUAUCAUUUUCUUAUCGGCGUCUUGCCCUCUCGUAUGCUGUUCCUUACCUCUGGAAACAGCACAGGUCUGUGUGUUUUGUGCACUUCAACUUGUUGAAUACCAGCACCCUGCCCUCUGUGAGGAGUGCUCACUGUUCAAGGUUCAGGAAGAUAACGAGAGGUGAGUGGCUGACGCAUAGCUCGUGUUAUGUUACCAAAGGCUCAUAUCAGAUUACCGUGGACAGCAGGUUGGGUGAAACUGUAGUCGUACUCAGAUCGCUGGGGCUCGGAUAAACCAGGAACCGGGGAGCAACAAAGGAUUUUUAAAGAAGCUAAAGAAGCUAACACAGGGCUCUCUGUUGUUUCAAGAAGAGCGUUACCAUGGGUGAGACGACACAACACUUUCCCCUUCUUUUGCUGUGUCUGUCGGGGCUUGUUCGCUGCUCAGCUGCCUUCGUGUUUUGGACAGCCGAGAUGGAAAUAAGAUAUCUCAACAACAACAAUGAGACUGUGGACAAAAUUUGCGAGUGUGGGGUGUACGGUCGUAACUCUGCAGUGGAGACGGUGUCAGGCAUUGUGACACUUCCCAAGGAGGACACCAAAGGCUGUGGCCCAGGUCCCGUCUACAACCGCAAUUCCAGUUCCCCAAAAUGGAUAGCCUUGGUUAAAAGAGGCAACUGUACCUUCAGUGAGAAGAUCAAUGCUGCCAGACGUCUCGGAGCAGUUGGUGUGGUGGUGUAUAACGUGGACGGCACUGGUAACAGCACCACUCACAUGGCACACUCCGAUUCAGUUGAAGCUGUGGCUAUCAUGAUCGGCAACAAUCAGGGCAUGGAGGUUGUCAGGCUGGUGAAGAAUGGGACAAAUGUGCAUAUGACUAUUCUCGUAGGCAGCCCGCAUGGACCCUGGAUGGACACCUACUGGCUUUACUUCCUGUCCAUUGCCUUCUUCAUUGUGACAGCCGCCUCCAUCGCCUACUUUGUGUUUAUCUCUGCAAAUCGUCUUUACAAUCUGAGACAGCACAGGCGUUCGGAGAGGAGGCUGAAAUCCGACGCCAAGAAGGCGAUUGGGCGUCUACGAGUACGCACGCUCAAGAGAGACGACGAGGAAACUACGUCUGAUUCCCAUAUGUGCGCCGUGUGUAUUGAAUCCUACAGGGCCGGGGAGGUGGUGACGGUGCUUACAUGCGACCACAUCUUUCAUAAAGCCUGCAUUGAGCCCUGGCUGCUGGAAAAGAGGAACUGCCCCAUGUGUAAGUGUGACAUCCUCAAGGCAUUGGGAAUUGAGGAUGAGACCAAAGAGAGUGACUCACCAGCAGAUGUCACUGUGAUCACAGUGGCAGGAGAGGAAACCCUCUACAACGUCCCACUGACUGACCCAGCGAGCUCUGACCCGGGGAGACAUCAGAAUCUCUAUGAAAACAGGGCCUUCGAGGACGAAACGGAGGCUGCGAGACGAUGAGCAACAGAAGCAAAACAGCAACCGAGACACUGUCAAUUCCCUGUUUGAAAUACAUCAUUUCUUGGAUACAAUGAACCAGCAGAACAGCAACUUUAAUCAUCCUUCAGGAGAAACACUUCAUCUUCUCAGAUUUUCAAAAAAGAAAUCUUCCAAGGAGGUUAAAUGUUAAUGGACCUUGUCCAAUUAGCUUGCAUGCCUCUACAUUUUCUUUGCAUCCAUCUCGAUGCAAAUAUGUAAUUAUUUGCUAAAUGUUGGGCGUGUUUUUGGAGUUACCUUUAGUUGGUCACAAUAGGUUCUUAAAAGUGAGUAGCUCUGGGGUGAUGCAGGUGUCAUAUUUCAAAUUUGCAUUGUAAAACACAGAGAGAAAGUGGAGCAGAGCAUCGUCAGCUAGCAUUGCUAGUCCCUUACAAUCAACCAUUGUCUUUCAGAGUAUAUUGUAGAAUUCAGAGCAGGAUGUAUUUCUCUUAGUUGGUGUCCCCCUGAUCUUUUCAAACGGGAGUAUUUUUAUUUGUUUUCCCCCCAUUCUUUUCACUGUCAAGUUACCAAGCCUGAUUUAUAGACACACCCUCAUGAACACACCCUGGACUUGAAAUGCAGCAUGACACGCAUUGCACUGUGAUGAGUUAAUAACAUCACCCGAGAGCCUGGGACUCCUUGAAACAUGGUCCAUGGGAACAUGUUUACCACAUACCAAAAGAUCAUUUUCAAGUACUUUAUGAUUGCUGUUGGGUUUAUAGCUACUUUCAGAAAUAGAAUUACUGCAGAAUUAUGAAUAAAUGUCGUCGGAACUGUAGAUGAUUUGCCUCAAAAAAUCAUGAAGUUCUAUCUGUAAUUGUAAAGGUAAUAUAUAAAAUAUGUACAUUACUAUUUCAUCUGUAAACAGAUGAUUUUCAUGCACAAGUAACAAAUUGUUAUCGGUCUACCUCCGAAAUCUCACGUGGGUAAAUUAUGGAAAGACUUUUAAGAUUCGUGCAGUUCCGAGAUUAAGUGUGUCCCUCGGUUAAUGAUAAAGCUGAAUAGUUAUUUCGUUUCUUUGUUUGCUGGUGGGGAUAUACUGAUUAUGGUACUUAAUAUAUUUCUUACUAUAUUUUUCUAUAUUAAAUCAUAUUCACGACUGCUUAACAGAUUCCAGGAGUCUUAAAUUGUUCAGUUAAAAAUGUACAUUUCUUGCUGUAAUAAAUCACAUUGAUGCUUAUUAGAAUGUAAUAAAUUCCUCAAAAUGAGGCUAACUUUACUUUA